CGCUCGCUCCGGCCUCCUCACCGCGAACUCUCGUCUCUCCCCGUCUGGUGUCCUCCAUCCAACUCGUCUGCCGUAUUCUGCUCCCCUGCUGAGUCCCUGUUUCUCCCCAAUUACUCCUCUUCCGUUCCGCCCAAAACUCACUCUGCCAAUGCGUUGUUCGCAUCCGGCUUGGGCUUCUCCUUAGGCGUGACACUCCACUGAUCCUCUCCGCCUCGCACUUCCCACCACCUUAGACAUGGUGGCUCCGCCGUCAACGGGAGGCAAUGCUGCCGCGCAGCAUCCCCAAUCGACCAGCCGCUCCUCUGCCCGGAUCGCGAAUUCCUCCCAUCACCCUUACGCCCCCAAUGUUCCGCUCAGCGCUCGAAGGGCUGCGCCCUUGGAUCUUUCUACCGUCGAACGCCGAGGUCAUCAGAGCGCCGUUAGAGAACCCGUAAAACGAGUCCGACCGCAUAGCCUGCCAGAAGCCCCUACCUUCCGGCCUACCGAGGAGGAGUUUAAGGAUCCCAUGGAAUAUAUUCGGAAGAUUGCACCCGAAGGAAAGAAGUAUGGCAUUUGCAAGAUCAUUCCUCCUGAUAGCUGGGAUCCGCCGUUUGCUAUUGAUACCGAGCGCUUCCAUUUUCGAACCCGUAGACAAGAACUUAAUUCAGUUGAGGGAGGAACUCGAGCGAAUCUGAACUACCUAGAUCAGUUAACGAAGUUCCAUAGACAGCACGGCACGACGUUAGCGCGUUUCCCGAGUGUUGACAAGCGCCCGCUUGAUCUUUACAAAUUGAAAAAGGCUGUCGAGGUUCGAGGCGGCUUCGACCAGGUCUGCAAACUGAAGAAGUGGGCGGAAAUUGGCCGUGACUUAGGUUAUAGCGGAAAGAUUAUGUCGUCGUUAUCCACGUCUCUCAAGAAUUCCUAUCAGCGUUGGUUACAACCAUACGAAGACUACCUCCUUCUCGCAAAGCCGGGCGUUCAGCAGCAGCUAGAAAUCGAGCACGGCGGUCCUUUUACUCCCUCUCCGAAGGCGUCUCCCCCAAAUAAGAAGGUUUCCUCGAAUGUAAACGGAACAACAGGAGCUAGUAGCAAGUCAUCAACGGUAAAAGCAUCCGCGGCACUUAAUGCUUCCUUAGAGCGCAGUAAAAGCUCGGAAAAGCCGGAAAAAUCAGAAAAAUCAGCUCCGCCUCCCGAACCGGCCUCGAUUCGGCCUAUAACAGUUGGCUUUACCGCCGUGAACGCCCCUGCGAAUGGUAUCCCCAAAACAACUUCCUUUGUCCCUAUUAAUAAUGGGCCAUCGGUCGUGAAAAAGGAAACCGACCAAGGAGCUGAAAGCACGACAACUCAAGCUCCGGAGUCCGGUACUGUCUCGAAGAACUCGGAAUCUCGUCGUGUCUCUGCAGUUAACGGCCAUGAUUCCCAUCCGUUGAAACGGGCGCUGGGCAAUGAGAGCGCCGCUGGUACUCCGCAGGCGGAAAAUGGAGACGAUGGUGCGAAUGGCCGGCGGAGCAAGCGUCUCAAGAAAGAUGUUGCUCCGACAGUGUCGGGGUCAAAUAUGAGCUUACUACGCCCCACUCCUCCCCAGUCUCGUCCCAAAGGUGGGAAUAGAAAAACUGGCGAUAAAUGUGAAACUUGCGGGAAAAGCAACGAUCGCCCUUCGAUUCUCCUCUGUGACGGUUGCGAUAACGGAUACCAUAUGCACUGUCUCGAUCCCCCUCUUAGCAAUGCUCCCAACUACGAUUGGCAUUGCCCGAAAUGCCUUGUUGGGACGGGCGAAUAUGGCUUUGAAGAAGGCGGAAUAUACUCUUUAAAACAGUUCCAAGAAAAGGCGGAUGCGUUCAAAAGGAACUAUUUUUCUGGGAAGAUGCCAUUCGAUCCGGUGCUUAACGCUCAUCGUCGCGAGACAGAAGACGACGUUGAGCGAGAAUUCUGGAGACUCGUGGAAAGUCUUACUGAAACGGUGGAAGUUGAGUAUGGGGCGGAUAUCCACUCUACAACUCAUGGAAGUGGCUUUCCUACCGUCGAGAGAAACCCGUUGGAUCCAUAUUCCGUUGAUCCUUGGAAUCUGAACGUCCUGCCGCUGCAUGGCGAGUCACUCUUCCGUCAUAUUAAAUCAGACGUGUCGGGAAUGACCGUGCCCUGGGUAUAUGUUGGGAUGUGUUUCUCGACAUUCUGCUGGCAUAACGAGGAUCAUUACUCCUACUCCGCCAAUUACCAGCAUUUCGGCGCGACCAAGACCUGGUAUGGCAUCCCGGGCGCAGAUGCUGAAGCAUUCGAGGAAGCCAUGCGCCAAGCUGUCCCAGAGCUUUUUGAGACCCAGCCUGAUCUCCUAUUCCAGCUGGUUACACUUCUUCCGCCAGAUCAGCUGAAAAAAGCUGGGGUUAAUGUGUAUGCCCUUGACCAACGAGCAGGUCAAUUUGUAAUCACGUUCCCCCAGGCUUAUCAUGCUGGUUUCAACCACGGAUUCAACUUCAAUGAAGCGGUCAAUUUUGCGCCUGCCGAUUGGGAACCUCUCGGUCAAGCCGGUGUCGCUCGUCUUCGAGAGUUCAGACGUCAACCUUGCUUCUCGCAUGAUGAAUUAUUACUCACGGCCGCCGCUAGGGAUACGUCGAUAAAAACAGCUAAGUGGCUGGGCCCCGCAUUGCGAAGAAUGUGUGAUCGAGAGUUAGAGCAACGUGCAAAGCUCCUAGCGCGCCAGAAGGAGUUGAAGCAACGGAUUGAACAUAGAGGUUCCGACGAGAACAAAAGUGAAGGACAUGAGGACUUCAAGCUUGUGGUGGAAGACGCCGAUUUGCCAGAAGAAGAUUACCAAUGCUCCUAUUGCAAAGUGUACAGCUAUCUGACACAAUUUCGCUGCCAUAAGAAGGGAAAAAUACUCUGCCUACUCCAUGCGGAUAACCAUACCUGCUGUGACGAAGAUGUUUCUCGCCGACUGCUUGGACCGAAUCAUAGUUUGCGAUAUCGGAUGUCUGACGAAGAUAUUGCAGCAUGCACGCAAAAGGUAGAGGAUCGCGCGCGGAUCCCUGAGGCUUGGGGAGAAAAACUCGAGAGAAUUCUGGAAGACGAACCGAAGCCUUCUUUAAAGGCGAUGCAUUCGCUGCUUUCGGAAGGUGAGAAGAUCCCGUACCAUCUCCCUGGUCUCCAAGACCUCGCCACUUUUGUGCAGCGAUGCGACAAAUGGGUAGAAGAGGCAAAUAAUUACAUUACUCGGAAGCAGCAAAACCGUCGCAAAAAUGAAAAGCUUUGGCGAAAAGGUAAUGCUGCGAAAGCUGCGCAACUGGAGGAACGCGAUCGUGAAUUGCGCAAUAUUGAUAAGAUUCAUGCCCUUCUCGCUGAAGCGGAGAACCUUUCGUUCGACUGUCCACAGAUUGUCAGUUUGCGCGAGAAAGUCGCUGAAAUACAGAAAUUCCAGGGCGACGCACAAGCAGUUCUCUGCAAUCCACACGUCACUUCGACGCAGGAGGUUGAGGAGCUCGUGGAGCUUGGUAAAAGUUUCAAUGUCGAUGUGCCCGAAGUUGACAAGCUUGAGCGUGUUCUAAGGCAAAUGAGAUGGAAUGACGAAGCUCGGCGAAGACGAGAGCAGUAUCAAACACUGGACGAUUGUCGUGAAUUUAUCAAGCAAGGCGAGGAACUCGGAUUGGCCGAAACCAAUGAACAUCUCCUUCACUUCCGCGAUUUAUAUCGCCAUGGUGAGACUUGGGAAGCAAAAGCGAAAGAGCUUAUGUCUGUUGAAGCUGUCCAUUAUCAACAACUUGAGGCUCUUUCUGCACAGGCUGCUAGAUUCCCUGUCAGUCCUGAAACGCUGGCCGCAGUUGAGGCGAUCUUAACAAAGCAGCGGGAGGCUCAGAAACAGAUCUCCAACUUCUAUGAGAAGAGCAAAAGUUCGGAUUUCCGAAUGCGUCCGCAUUACAAAGACGUUCGUGAACUGAUGGAGUCGCUGUCGCAACUGAACAGCAAACCCACUGGAACCAUUGACCUCGAGCGGGAGCAGAAACGUCAUGAAGACUGGAUGAGGAGAGGCAAGAAAUUAUUUGGGAAGGCGAAUGCGCCGCUUCAUAUUCUCAAAAUGCACAUGCAGUAUGUCGAGAAGAAGAACUCUUUCUGCUUCGAUCUUGAGGAUAGAUGUCGCCCUCCUGUGGAACCUGCAUCGCGUGAGACAACCCCCGAGGGCGGAGAAUCUCAUUCAUGGGUUGGUACGCGCUCAAAGAAGAAGGAUGUCUUUUGCAUUUGUCGACAGCAGGAAGCAGGGUUGAUGAUAGAGUGUGAGGUUUGCCAUGAAUGGUAUCACGGCAAAUGCCUCAAGAUCGCUCGCGGCAAGGUGAAAGAGUAUGACAGCUACACUUGUCCAAUUUGCGAUUGGCGCGUUAAGAUCCCGCGCGACGCUGCUCGUCCUAAGUUAGAAGACCUUAUCGAAUGGCAAGCCGAGAUUCCGGACCUUCCAUUCCAGCCUGAUGAAGAGCAAAUCCUGGAAGCGAUCAUCGAUAAGGCCUCUGCUUUCCGAGAUUUCAUACGAUCGUUUACGAACUCUACGUGCACGACUGCUGAGGAGGUUCCAACACAGAUCUUCUAUCUUCGCAAAAUCGAAGGUGCCGAGGUUCUACUUGCAUAUGAGACCAAUUAUUUCCGUCAAGAAAUCCAUCGCUGGGCACCGGUUGCUCCUGAUCCUCCACCAAUCUUAGAGCAAUCCCUUUCUACUCGGAAACCCAGGCCCACUAAGCAACAGAAAUUAAUGGCUCAGCUUGGGAUUGAUAAACCCGAAGAUCUUCCUCUUCAUCUUCGCACGAAAUAUCACACGUUCCCACCUAAAAGGAAGUCUACCGAACCUCACACUGGAAGACCUACACCCUUGCAGCCAGCUCCACUCAAACGAUCGGAUACUCCAACGGGCGAACAUGGAUCUAUUUCUGCCGGAAACACGACCACUCCCCCUACACUUCCCCCGAUUCCCGCCUCUCAACCCCCUUCGUCGUUCUCGGGUUCGAAUCCAUUUAGCCUGGCGACCAGCGACGGUGGUCCUCCCUAUGCCACUGGUCCUGGAGCUUUUCUUCCUCAAGAUGGCAAUUCCCAUUCCCCCACUUUCGCCUCAACUCCUCCAGCUACCCGCCAUCCUGGACUUGACCAGGCACUGUUUAGCCCUCCGGAUUUUAAUCGCAGUAAUCCGUUGCGAUCCCGAUCGCCUCCCGACCUUGCCAAAGAUGAUGCAGGCGUUGGAGUUGAUAUUGACCAUAGCAAUCCCUUUGGCAGCAGUCCACGUCCAAAUAUGGAUGAACUUUUUGCAGAUUUGACAAACCAGGAUGUGGAACCUGUUGAAGAAAUUAGCCACGCAAAUGAGGCGUUAGAGGCACUUAAGACUGCCCAGAACUGUUCCUCGAGGGAUCGCUCAAUGUCCGAAUCUCGUGACGGUUUGGGCGAUGCGCACCAGGAGAAUGGUCUCAUGGAUGGUCUCGGGCAAAGCGGGAACGAUGCGACUAAUGCUCUCGAAGAUGAAUUCCUCAGCUGAUUUGAUACAUGACUUCAUACUCUACUCCUCAAUAUUUCAAACCAUUUAGGGUCGCUUUAUUUAUUCUCCCGUGUUUCUUUUUCUAUCUAUGUAAUAUGUAUAACUCAUUAUGUUGUUAUUCUGAUUGUUCCAGUGGCUUUGUUGUCGUGUUAUCUUUUACGGUCAGCAGAUUCGAAGCGCCCAUCUGCCGGUAUGGAGUCUCGUGUUGUUUGGAUGGUACGGCGAUAGGAUUACGGCACGGUGCAAACCCCUUCAUUACUUGGAGUUCGGUAUCUGCGGCUUGUGUCUCUCAGUCUUCCUUUGUACGAACCGAGGCUUUAAUUAUUUUCAAGUUCAGCAAGGUACUUUGACAGGGGCUAUUUGCCUUGCCUUUAGAUUUAGUGGUGAUGGGAUUUGAUCCUCGGCUAUUUAUUGUUAUUAUUCUUAGUGGGUGGAAUACUGGGCGGUAGUCAUAUCGGUGGCUGAUUUAAGAUCAUUCGAAAUGGAUGGGAUAAUUGUAUUAAUAUUUACUAGUUAUCCUUAGAGGAAUCAUUAAUAUCUCACGCCUUA